GGGGUCCGACUUUCGACUGAGCCACUCGGUUGCCUGAAGCAGAUGGCUGGAUGCGGCCAGAAAGUGCCAGGACGAGAGGGCAUGGCGACGCUGCGAAGGCUGCAGCGGCCGAGCUGCAGCAAGCGGUGCGCUCGCCCAGGCGGCUCUCUCUCCAGUUGCUGUCGAACAUUGCCAGAACCAACGUUCAGGUCAACCGCUUUCACUACACCAUCCUGGUGUCCGCGGCUUCCGCGCACUGGCAGCUUGCCAUGGCAGCGCUCCGCGCGUCGCAAGCGGCGAACCUGGAGACCGAUGCGUUCCUUUGCAGCGCGGGCAUUUCCGCCUGCGAGCAUUGGAGUCGUGCGACGGCCCUACUGCAUGCAGCGCAGAAGUGGAACGAGGUCCUUUGCGGCGCGGCGCUUGCGAAGCUUCGCGGCCGCUGGGAGAUCGCUGUGGGGCUUCUGGAGCCCAUGGUGGCGGCCCAGGUGCGGUGCAAUCGGCACAUGCUCAGCAGCUUGGUGGCCGCGAGCUGGCUCCUGGCCGUGAGCAUGGUCGCCACCAUCGGGCGCGAGAUCGGCCUGGACUCCGUGGCCGCCUGCGCCGCCCUCGGCGCGGACGGGACGUGGCGCCGCGCCGCGCGGCGGCUCGAGGCCUUCCAGCAGCAGCUGGUGCAACUGAAUGCGUACUGCUACAACACCCUGCUCAGCGCCUGUGAGCGCGCGGACCGCUGGGCGCCGGCCAUGCGAGUCUUUCAGCAGUUCCAGCGGAAUGCUGUCAGCUUCAACACCUUCAUCAGCUCAAAUGCCCAGGCGGGCCGCUGGCCGCGGGGCCUGGCCUUGGCGCGGCAGAUGGCCUGGGCAGCGCUGCAGCCCAGCGAGGUGACGGCGGCGAAUCUGUGCAGCGCCGCUGAGAAGGCGAGGCACUGGCAGCUGGGCCUCCACUUUCGCGGAGGCGGCGAGAGCCGCAGCAUCUUCAGCUGCAGCGGCGUGGUCAGCGCCUGCGAGAAGUGCGCCCAGUGGCGGGAGGCCUUGGCAGUGCUGGGCGCCGGUGAAGCUUCGAUCCCGGCGCAAAAUGCGGCGCUCAGCGCCUGUGAGAAGGCAAAGCAAUGGCUCACAGCCCUGCGGCUCUUGGAGGGAGAAGACGUCGUCACCUGGACGGCGACGCAGACGGCGGUCAGCGACAACUGGGAGCUGGCGCUGGGUCUGGCCACGAGUUGGGUGGCGCGGGGCUGGCGGCUCAGCGCCCUGCAGCUCGACGCACUGCUCCGCGCCGCGGCGAUGCCGGCAGACGCGGACGCGGACGCCUGGCGCCGGGCGGCGGCGGUGGUGUUGAGGCACGGCGCCCCACUGCCUGCAAGCUUGGCCAGCUGCGUCGCAGCUUGUGAGCGGGCAGAAGCGCAGGUGGGCCGGACGCCCCUGACGCCCCUUCUCGCCAUUUGCUGGCCCUCUGCGGCGGCCUUCUGCUCGCCCGACAGCUGUGCAGACUGCGGCCAGGCGGAGUGCGGAAUAGAGCCUGGCUGCAUCAUCCAGCAUCAUGGCAACUUCGAGUCCUACUGUGUGACCUGUCCGAACACCACCUGCCUCGGGGACGUGUCGCUGGAUGUGACCGCCGGCUGUUCGGAUGCCACCAACGUCUUGGUGUCGCUUCUCAUGGGCAUCAUCGGUGGGCUGUUCGCGGCCGGACUGCCCUGCUGCUGCCUGAGCAUCCGGUGCCAAGAGCUCUGGGCAGCAGAGUUCCUGGACGAGACGAGCCCGGGGGUGGCUCGUGUUAGCGGCAUUAUCAAGGAGAAGAAGAACCACGACUCUGUGAAGAGGGGCAGCUCCUUCUCAGUGAUCAUCGACUUCGAAGCCCAGAGCGAGGAUGGGAACCUCGUCCCGGUGCGCGCGCACUGCGCGAGCCAGCCCUCCUUUUGGAGCAAGGUGAAGGUGGGCCAAAAGGUCGAGGUGUGCUACCGCAAAACCUUCAUCAGGGAGUUUGUGAUCGUGGAAGACCUCAUCCAGAAGCUGAUGGAUACCUCGGGCAAGUACUUGCUGGUCAUCGCGGGCGCCUGCUUCAUGGUGCUGGGCAUCUCCUGCGGUUUCGCCGCGUGGCCGCUCACCGGCUGCUUCCUGGGCGUGAUCCCGCUGGCCGUGAUGAUGGUGUGCGGGGCUGUGGCGGGCCAUUUCUUCGUGCUGCGCUUCGCCCAGAGCCUCACCCAGCGCCAGCACUAUGUUUGCACCGGGCAGGCGGCCCAAAGCCCCAUCCGGCAGUCCAGCCGGGCCUUCUCAGAGCCCGACCAGCCGGACCCUGAGCUGCUCCAGUAG